AUGGCUGCUGCCGCACCACCACGCGAGGCGAGACGAGUCACUGUCCUCGUCGAGCACGACGUAGACGAAGCUACGACGACGCGAAUACGCUGCACCGCGACGCCCCCGGCGGACGCCUCCAGCGCGGACCGCGACGCGGCCGUCGCCGAUGCCGCGCGGCGCGCGUUGCGCGUCGAGGACGACUCAUUGGUCGACGUGCGGUGGCGCCGCGCCGACGUCGCGACGGCGGCCGUCUCGCGACGACGAGACCCGAAGGCGCUGCCGGGCCGCGCCUUCGCGACGCUCGCCGCGCUCGACGUCAAAGGCGCCUCCCUGCCCCUCCCCGCGCGCGACGCCGUCGUCGACGGCAACCACGCGGCGGCGACGGCGGCGACGCCGUGGGACGGCGGCGUCGUCCUUGCGGCUUACGCGGCGACGCGGCCGGAGCUGUUCCGUGGUAAAAGCGUCGUCGAGCUGGGCUGCGGCGCCGCGGCGCUGCCGGGCCUCGCGGCCGCGCUUCUCGGCGCAUCUGUAGUGCUCACGGACGUCGACGAAGCGAUGCCCGUCGUACGGCGCCGCGUCGACAGCGUUGCAGUGCCCAACGUGACGGUCGCCGCCCUGGACUGGCGCGGCGGCGUCGGGGGCCUCGCCGCGGACGUCGUGCUCGCCGCGGACGUCGUUUGGUUGGCGGAUCUCGUCGAGCCGUUCGUGGCGUGCGCCGCGGCGCUGCUCGCGGACGGCGGGCGGCUCCUCCUGGCGCACCAGACGCGGAGUACCGCCGUCGACGACGCCCUGUUCGAGGCGCUGGCACGCCGCGGCCUCGCGUGCUCCGAAGUCCCGCGGGGCGACCUCGCGCCCGACUUCCGGCCGGACCACAUACGGGUCUUCGAGGUGGUGCGGGGAGGCGUUGGGUAAAGCAAC